AUGCUGUGUGGACGCCUGGGCCGGUUUUGUGAGAAGCUGGUGCGCAGGCGGCCCCUGGAGAGGCGGGAGGGGUCUGGCGGCGGCCUGGCCCGGUGCCUGAGCACCCUGGACCUGGUGGCCCUCGGGGUGGGCAGCACCCUGGGGGCGGGAGUGUACAUCCUGGCCGGGGAGGUGGCCAGGGACAAGGCGGGACCGGCCAUCGUCCUCUGCUUCUUGGUGGCCGCCGUGACGUGCGUGCUGUCUGGGCUGUGCUACGCGGAGUUCGGGGCGCGGGUGCCCGGCUCCGGGUCUGCCUAUCUCUACAGCUACGUCACCGUGGGACAGCUGUGCGCCUUCGUCACCGGGUGGAACCUCAUCCUCUCCUAUGUCAUUGGCAGCGCCAGUGUGGCCAGGGCCUGGAGCACCACCAUCGACAGCCUGACCGGGCACCACAUGUCUCGGGCGCUGCAGGAGAGCGUGCCUCUGCGUGUGCCCUUCCUGGCCAGCUACCUGGACUUCUUCUCGCUGGGCCUGGUGCUGCUGCUCACAGGUGUCCUGGUCCUGGGAGUUCGCGAGUCAGCCCUGGUUACCAAGAUAUUCACGGGCGUGAACCUCUUGGUUCUCGGUUUCAUCGUCCUCUCUGGCUUCAUUAAUGGACGUCUGCACCACUGGCAGCUCACGGAGCAGGACUACGAGUUGACCAAAUCUAAGACCAAUGGCACCUUGAGCCUGGGCCCUCUGGGCUCCGGGGGGUUCGUACCUUUUGGCUUUGAGGGGGUUCUCCGCGGAGCAGCCACGUGCUUCUAUGCGUUCGUUGGUUUUGACUGCAUCGCCACUGCAGGGGAAGAAGCCCGCAACCCUCAGCGGGCCGUGCCCCUGGGCACCGUGAUCUCGCUCUUCGUCUGCUUCUUGGCGUAUUUUGGGGUCUCGGCGGCGCUCACCCUCACGGUGCCCUACUACCAGAUCGACUCCGACAGCCCCCUGCCAGAGGCCUUCCUCCACGCGGGCUGGCCCUGGGCCCGAUACGUGGUGGCUGUGGGGACCCUGUGUGCCCUUUCGUCCAGCCUCCUGGGCGCCAUGUUCCCCAUGCCGCGGGUGAUCUUGGCCAUGGCAGAGGACGGACUCCUGUUCCGGGCACUGGCCCGGGUCCACCCCCGAACACACACCCCCAUCGCAGCCACCGUAGUAUCUGGGAGUCUUGCAGCGCUCAUGGCUUUCCUCUUCGAGCUGAACAACCUGGUGGACCUCAUGUCGAUCGGGACCCUGCUGGCGUACGCCCUGGUGGCCUUUUCCGUGCUGGUUCUCAGGUACCAGCCAGACCAGCAUUUAAGCCAGAACGAGAAGACGGAGGUGGAAAUAACGGAGAUAAAGCCCGGGCUUGACGCCAGUUCCCAGGAACCUGUAUGUGAAGCAGGAAUGGGGGGCGCCCUAAGCAGCCUGUGGAGCCCCGAGAGCGCCGUCCCCACCCCGCAAUCUGGCCGCAUCGUCUAUGAGUGUGCCUUGCUGCUGGCUCUCCUGCUGACCGUCCUGAGCCUAGUCCUGGCCCAGUGGCCCGGCCGUCUGGUCUCCGGGGACCCAAUGGCCACGGCGGUGACUGCUCUGCUGCUGCUGCUCAUUGUGGGGCUCACUUUCAUCCUCUGGAGGCAGCCCCAGAGCCCAGCUCCUCUUAGCUUCAAGGUCCCCGCCCUGCCUGUCCUGCCCCUGGUCAGCAUCUUUGUGAACAUGUACUUGAUGAUGCAGAUGACCUCUAUGACCUGGGCCCAGUUUGGCAUCUGGAUGGCGAUUGGCUUCGCCAUAUACUUUGGAUACGGGAUCCGGCACAGCUUGGAGACCAGUGAGCCACAGCCAGCCGCCUCCAGCUUUCACACACGCCUCUAG